GAUCCUGGUAGGAAUUUACAAACAGUGUUGGUGUAUUUUUGACAAAUUGUGGAAAACAGUUAAUUCGAUUGCAGGCAAGGUUAACUCUUACCUGCCACGUACGCUAGCAUAAUGAAUUGAAGCAAGAGCUAGCAUUUGUGAACCCAAAGCUAAGGGAAAAAGAGAAAACAGGGUCGUUCUAUAUAUAUGUUUAUACACACACGCGCGUGUGUGAAAGACACAGAAGGAGAUAUCUGUAGAGACAGAGAUCGGAAAGAAUAAGAGAGAAUGGCCAUGAAAAGCAAAGUGCUAGUAGUAGGGGAUGGGUACUUGGGAAAGAGGCUAGUUAAAGCAAGUUUAGCUCAAGGUCAUGAAACUUACGUGCUCCACAGGGAGGAGAUAGGUGUUGACAUUGACAAGGUGCAGAUGCUCUUGUCAUUCAAGCAGCAAGGAGCUCGUCUUGUGCCUGCCUCGUUCAGCGACCAUCGAAGCCUCGUCAAUGCUGUGAAAUUAGUAGAUGUAGUUAUUUGUGCGAUAUCGGGUGUUCAUAUCCGUAGCCACCAAAUCCUGCUUCAACUCAAGCUUGUUGAUGCCAUCAAAGAGGCUGGGAAUGUUAAGAGAUUCCUGCCAUCUGAAUUUGGCACUGAUCCUGCAAGAAUGGAGAAUGCCAUGGAACCUGGAAGGGUGACAUUCGAUGACAAAAUGGUGGUGAGGAGAGCAAUCCAAGAAGCGGGCAUUCCUUUCACGUAUAUUUCGGCAAAUUGCUUCGCCGGUUACUUCCUCGGCGGUCUUUGCCAACCCGGUUACAUCCUUCCUUCCAGGGAUCAUGUCCGCUUCUUGGGAGAUGGCAAUCAAAAGGCAAUUUACGUGGACGAAGAGGAUAUAGCAACGUAUACCAUCAAAACCAUUGAUGACCCUCGGGCUCUGAACAAAACGGUGUACAUAAGGCCGCCCAAGAACAUCUUAUCUCAGAGAGAAGUCGUCCAGAUAUGGGAGAAACUGAUAGGGAAAGAGCUGCUUAAGUCUUCAAUUUCCAAAGAAGAGUUUCUCUCUUCUAUGAAAGAACAAAAUUUGGCAGAGCAAGUUGGAUUAACACAUUACUAUCACGUAUGUUAUGAGGGAUGCCUUGCAAAUUUUGAAAUAGGUGAUGGAGGAGAGGAAGCUUCUAAGCUGUAUCCGGAAGUGAAGUAUACCUCGGUCGAGGACUACAUGAAGCGUUAUUUAUAAGUAAAAUAAUUAAUAUAGCCAUAUUGAUUUUGGCUUUCUCAUGAACGGGGUUGAGAGAAUUUCAAUGUCUUACCACCCCCAAAAAAAAUAAAAUAAAUACAAAAUUUGGUGUUUGAAUUUGUGAAUUUUGUAUUUAUUUGUAGUUGUUAUAUAUGUAAUUUUAUAUUC